AUGUCGAAAGCAAAGGGCGCAGCAGCCGGUGUCGACACCAUUGUCAAGCUGAUUGUGGGAGCCGGCCAGGCCAGUCCCAGCCCUCCCGUCGGUCCCGCGCUUGGUAGCAAGGGUGUCAAGUCUAUGGAUUUCUGCAAGGAAUUCAACGCAAGGACAGCACACAUCGUGCCUGGUACGCCGAUGCCGUGCCGGGUCACCGUCCGACCAGACCGAUCGUUUACUUUCGACGUCCGGACACCGCAGACAUCGUGGCUGCUGCUCAAUGCAGUGGGAGCGCCAGUGGGCAAGAAGGGGAACAGAAAAGGCGUCAGCAAGCCCGGGCACGAAACAGUCGGCACCAUCAGCCUCAAACACAUCUACGAAAUCGCCAAAAUCAAGCAGUCGGAACUUCGGCUGUCUGGCCUCUCGCUGGAGGGGCUCUGCAGGUCCAUCAUCUUCCAGUGCAAAUCAAUAGGAAUCAACGUGGUGGCUUAAGGAUACCAAGAACAAUGGAAGGGAAGGAGAACAAACAAACCUGGCGUUUGAUGGUGGAUUUUUGUGCUCAGCAUAACGGAUGAUUUGUACAACAGGCCCAAGUAUCGGAGCACAACAGGAUGCGUCAAGAUGUACGAUGAACAUCCGAAGC